GAAAAACCCUAGCCCCAAAUUGGGACAAGAACGCAGAAAUUCCUCCCCUUCCUGGAACCCGUUCUGCUUCUUCUCUGCUCAUCCGUUCCUUAUGCUCCACGAGCUCCGUUCUUGAGCAGAUAGCACCACAUCCAGCAAAGAAGAGGAAACUUCGCGGAAAGGGCAGGGUAGGCUCGUCCAAAGCGGCAUAAAUAGGCGAAAACCUUAGAUUUUGGGGGAGAGAUCGCCGACAAAAAAAAAAACCGAAAAAGAGAGGUAAGAUCUGGGAUUUUUUGAGAGAGUCGACAUCAACUGGAAAAAAAAAAAGAAAAAAAAAAGGGAAGAACUUUUUAUUUGGAGGGGUUUUGAGGACAGUUGUUUUGGGGGAAGAUUUUUUGUGGUUCUGAUUCUCGGUUUCAGAAGAAAAAAUUUUCUGGUUUCAGAGUUUUUUCCGGGAGUAAGCUUUUGGUCAGUAGCUUGUGAUUCUUGCUGGAGUUUUUCCUCGGCGAAGGAGUGCGGUUCGGACAAGGACUCUGGUGCUGGAAUUAGGAACUGAUUUUUGCCUUAGGUGACCUUCUGAACAGAGGGGUUUUUGGAGAGGUAGUGAGAGAGAUGAAAGGAGCUAAUCCCGCGGGUGGGAUCCCUCCGAUCGGAUGCGGAUCUGUCCUCUCCGAAAAUUUCCGCCAUGGGUGCUUUACUUUUGGUUUUCUCUGUAAAUACUUUGAUGCUCUGUGGUUUAAGUUGUAUGAAUUUGCUGGAAAAUGAAUGAGAACCAAGCAUUUUACCUUCUUGUUUUCUGUUUGGCUUUAUUGGAUGUUUUGAAUCUGCAUCUUCAUUGAAGUUUGUUUAGUUUUCUUUUAUGAAAAUCAGAAUUGGCUGAACAUAACCCCUAAAUUUCCUUUUAUUUGUGUUUGGUUUUGAUCCAUUUUUGUUCCUUUUGAUGGAUAGAUCGUGUUUAUGAGUCGGGUCGACCCGACCCAAUAGGUUUAAGGAUAAAAAAGCAAAAAAAUAAUAAUAAAAUGAUUGUGGUGAU